AUGUCUUCACAAACUGCUAAAUUCACAUUCCCAGAAACCCUUGGUGGUCAACACCGAAUCAGCUCGCCAAAAUCGUCUGGUUCCAAGCAGACACAGAGUACAGAACGAUGUAUAUAUGUUGUUCAAGAAUACAGCUGUCCCCACCACCCCUCCCUCAACACCCCCCACAUCUUCCACCGGAUUCCCUGUCCCCAAGCCCUCCUCCCCCACACCUCUCAAACCGACUGCGAGAACUACGCCCACCACAAAGACGAGCUCGUGCAAGUAUCUCGCUACGUUCUCGAUCGCGGCUGCAUGGAAUGUAAAACUCUCGCGCGCGCACGUCGUCAUGAGGAAGCAGCCACGCAUCCUGAGAUUCGGAGGAAGAUGCAGGAAUUGGGACUCGGACAGGAGGAUAUUGAUCAUUUUGAAAAGGUGACGAGUAGUUUUCCAGCGAGCAGGAGAGUUCUAGAGCUGGUGAGGGCGAGGGAGAAGAGUGAGAGAUUGAGGAGAGAGGAGGUUCCUGAGGAGUGGCGCAGAAAGGAUGGGGAAGACGAGGUGCAGAAUCAAGGUGAAGCAAAGCAGGAAUAUGAGCUUCAAUCCAAGAUAGAUAACGUCGACCUUAUACCUCCUGCAACUCUUGUUUCCUCAAUUGAAGGCCCCGUCGUUGAACAAAGUGACAGUGCAGAAAAAGAGCACGAAAUCACACAGCUCCAGCCAAUUGCUACAAAGGUCAAGACCCCACAACGCGCAAAAAUCCUCUCGAAAAGGGAUACCUCUCAACCUUCAGCCAAGCCCACCAAGCUCAGAAGUCUCACAGCUAGCAUCGCAACCAGAGUACUCCAAAGAGACGAACUCAUGCAGCCACAAUCCCAAGUUCCAACCCAUAAAGAGAGCACCCCUCACCCAUCCAGCAAGCCCACCGAGCUCAACGAUCCAACUUCUGAUACCCCACCAGAGGAAGAACUCCAAAUCGCAGAACUUCCCGAGCGAUACCUCGAAGCUCCAACCACAGAAGCGAGCUUCCCCACCCCUGAACCCAAAUCUCACGAGCUGCAAGCCACACCACCAAACCCCUCCCCCUCCCCCAAAGAAGAAUCCCCACCCCCCGAAAAACUAACCGACAACAUCCACCUCUCUCUCGACGAAGAAUGGGACACGGAUGAAGAAAGCGAGCGCGUCUUUGGAGAAGUAGCACUUGCACCUUCGUUUGGGUGUCAGACGGGUGAUGAAUGGAUUGUGGUAGGGAGUUGGGAACAGUGA